AUCGUUGGCGACGGCGAUGAGACCCAAAAACGACACCCUCGUAGAAAUCGCAGAGUCCAUCAUCCAAAAGAGGCAAAUUACAUAAGCGCCGAAAGUGGGGUAACUGCCAAGCGCUUUGACAUAAAAACGACCCACCUCUGGCCACAACUGUUUGUAUGCUUCCCCCUCUCUUUCCCUGACAUUUUCACCAUUUUCCUACCCAUUUUGCUCGUCGUUCACCAUGUUACAACGCACUGCGAAGAGGCUCAUCUCCACUAAGGCAGCCGAUGUGUAUGCUGAGCGCCAAGCCGCAACUGCGCUCAGGCAAAAGGCUGAACUGCUCAAUGAGCCUCCGCCGCCGAGUGGUGUAGAGGAAGUCAAGAUUACGAAGCGUCGCAUAGGCAAAGCAGAGCGUGACGAGCGUAUGGACAUUACUCUCGCAUUAACGCCGGUCAGGACGUACAUGGGUGGUUUUACGAGACCAACAGAUCUCCGUGCCAGCAAUUGGACGUCCGGUGGUCGUUACAAUGAAAUUGGCAAAAUAUAUCACCCACCACCAGCUGCUGCAUACGAGCCACACACUGUUUUCCUACUCGAAUCGCGAUAUAACGUCGUGCACGGUAUCGGUCGUGCCGACUGUCAUGACCAUAUUGUUGGCGUCUGCCGCGAAUCUGACUUCCCUGCCGUGUUGAAGAAACUCAAUAGCAGUGAAUGCGGGCAUGAGUACAUGGAGUCCAUGGACAAUGCGCGCUGGCCGUUUUUACCUCCGAAGAAGGUCAAGCACGUCAAGUGGUGGGAAUCCGGAGAAAACCCUGAAGAGCUCGUUCGUCAAGCCCUCGAAGGAGAGGCAGAUGGCGAGACCAAACGUUAUUCUGAACCAGAACCUCCAGUACUGCCGGGCAACCGGUCUGAACGCAGAGCUCUGAAAUUGGCUAUGCGUUCCCGCAAGGUUCCUACCGAAUUGCUUCCGGUUUCGGGCAGCUCUGCUGUCCAAAUCCGCACCUUUUAUAGUUCAUCUCGCGUUCUUGCUGACGAGAAAACCUCGCGCAGCGACCGUGCCAGCAUUCCCGGUUCAUCCUGGGCUCGUCCACAUAAACCCUCGCAGGACGCCGACGAUAACGUUGUGCCUACAUAUUACGUCGAGCGUAAGAAGCAGCGCGCUUCCAUCUCCGAGCGGAAGGAAGAGGAAGGAGGUUUGAUGGCUGAAUUGAGUGCUGGUAUUCUUAGCGACGGUGUCGCAGCACAGACCAGGGUCAUCCCUGAGAAGAUCCCUGUAGAAGUCAGGGGUCCAGACGGUUCUGUCAGACACCCUAGCGGUUUCGAGCCCCCCACUCCGGAAACGGAGUUCCACCCUAGCGCAUCCAAGAUAGCUACCGAAGAAGAUCCUAUGUUGACGACUAUCAAGAUUCCUUGGGAUUCUGCUCUGGCACCCGAGCCUGAGGUUGAGUCUGAACCAGCCAAUGCUGAAGCUUCCUCCUCAUCGUCUGUUGUGAAGGGCAUUCGAGGCUUUCACACGAGUGCUGUAGCGCGCGCAUCCGAAGUGCCUAUUGAGUAUGAACAUGUUCCUCAAGAUGCACCAGUGGAAGAGGCGAAAGCAGUUUUGAAGAGAAUACGCGAACAGUAUCUGCCUACGCUCUCCAAGGAACCCUUCUGGCGUCCCCUUCUCAGCCUCACCUUCUCCACCCGACCCAUUGCAUUGACCAUUUCCCGAUUGGCCAAGUCCCAUCCUCGUGGACUGCCCUUCUAUGCAUCUAUCAACGACCACGAUAGGAAGUUCGGUCCUUCAUAUGAUGCCCGCAUCCGAAACAUGCGUUUGGAACGUAUGGCGGGACUCACCAUCGAGCUUGCUAAAGUCAUGUCUGGUGAACGAGGUGGAAUUAUUGGUGUUCGGUUUAAGCCCGAGGAACGCGGCCGUGGUAUUGACGGCGAGGGUCUGGAUGACAAGAUCCCAUUGGAGAAACGGAUCGUGAAGAUCGGCGUGGGUGAAUGGUACCCAUUAGCUAACGAAGUCAAGGAAGCGUUCCAACUCGAUGGCGAGGCUGCUGGUGACCACGUCACUGAGACCUUGCAGAUCUUCGGUUUGGACGAGUUUGGUAACAGGACGGAUGGUGUUGCUUGGCCGGAGAGUAAGACGAUCAGGGAGGGCAAGGAGUGGUACAAGUCGGUUGAGAAGCGAGCUUUGGCGAACCUUUCUUCCGAGGAGGUGGAGAAGAUGACGCCGAAGCAGAGGAAGGAAAUCAUCGGAGACUACUGCAGGGAACACAAGGUGCAGAUCGCAUAUGACACCACUGAUCGUCACCACAGUGUCUACUAUCCCUGAGUUAUCUUACUCUUCGUUUCUCUUUUGAUUUAUGUUUCCUUGCACGUCAUUGAUCAUUCUCGCUAUGUUUUAAUACUGUUGUCGAUUGUUCACUUGUCUUCAUACCUGCUACCCACCUUUCUGCCUAGUUUCUUACGUUACCCCCACUAAGCCUUUUUUUCCUCUCAUCCCCUGUAGCUGUUUGCGUCGCACAUUGUACUAGAUGCUCAGUAUUGAAUACACCCCAUGUUCACCCCUUUCAAUGAACCUCAUCAAGAUUGAA